AUGCCCAAGAGAGCUCGUGAAUCCCAAGACGCUGGUGAAAAGACACAGCCGCCUACGCGCAGGAACACCGAACGUUCCCACUCCGAGAAUCAGGAACGCGCAUACAUCGCCGCCUCGAGGCGCGCGGAUCGGAGCAUCGAGGCACGGGUCCAGUCAGCCCGCAACGCCAGCGACAUCCACAAGAAGCGAACGGGCAAGGCCUUCCGCAUCACCGAAGAGAUCGUCAUGAAGGAGGAAAUGUAUGAGGAAGAGGACGACGAUUUCCCUCGCUCCUACCGACUCCUCAACCCACACAUGCAAACCGCCAACCCAGAGCUCAAUGCUAGAGUCGACGCGUAUCUGAGUAACAGGGUUGCUAUGUCCAAGCUGCUCUCUGCUACUGACAACGACUGGCGCAACAACGAAAUCAAUACAACAUUUGAUCAAUUCUUCCCCAACGUCCAGAGCCGGGUUAGGGCUGCUUCUCAUCAGCAUUGGUCCACUGGUCAGGGCUUCUCCGUACCGCAGACACUUCAGUCGCCUAUUGCGACUCCACGAGUCCCAAGUGUUGGCGAGCCGCCUUUCAACAUGCAGUUCCACCCCAUCAACUACGGACAACAAAACAAUGGGCAGCCAAACAAUGGACAGCAAAACAACGGAGAGCAAAACAACGGACAGCAAAACAACGAGAGAAAUCCAUCCACAGCUAGCAUACCAGCAUCUCCUACCGAGGCCAGGAACGACGGCCCCAUGUCACCCCCAGCUCUUACUCCUGGGUCCAUGUCCCACCCAGAAACACCUCGGUCUCGCCACGGGUCAACAUUUGGAGCCACACAAUCUCAAUCUUACAGUGUUAGGGGCGGCUUCAACUCGGAGAGUUCGUCAUUUACUACACAGCUACCUGCUGAAGCGAGAAUGUUUCUGGGUGGCGUUGGUCUCAGCAAUGCCUAUGGCACGUCUAUGUACAACGAGCCUCAACUGUGGCCAGCCCAGAGUUUCAGCUUGGAUCCUGGCGCGGAUGCUGCGAACCAGUUCUUUGGUUACACCGCUGAUACCAAACCCCUUAAGGAGGGUGAGACCACGGCCGCUUCUAGGGACGAGCAAUACCCAGACCCCUUCGCGAUCAUGGGCUGGAACAACCAAAGCGACAACCAAGGCGAAUCUGACUCUCCAGCUAAGAACGUUCUCGAAGAAUGGGAGACGUACAUUGAUGAUAGCGCCUGGAGCAGCAACCAGAAAUGA